GCGGUCACCGCCUUCUUCCUGCCUCUCUGCUGCCCCGCGGGUCGCGACCCCUGCUCCCGGGGAGCGGCUGAGGCUGUUGUCUGGCUAGCGGAGGCGGCCGGAAGCGCCGGCAAGGAGGGAACCUCGCCCCGGAGCGGAUGAUGGCUGAUCUAAGAGAAACCAUCACAUGAAGCUUGCACAGUAUGUCAUAAAAAUUUUACUGAUCUGUACCUCAGAUGAAGUAUCAAGUGUCAAAUGAGGCAAUAGUAGACCAAGAAUAUAACCCAGCCUAUAGAAGUGAGUUAAGAAAACCAGAGUAAUUGAUGCCUAGGUAGCUUGAUGGAUCUCACUUCAAACCAAAGUCAUCCUUCAACCAAAGCAAGAAAGGGACCAUGCACAACAUGAACACAGAAUGCUAUUCUUAAAUAACUGAAGCGUGAAGAAACCCUCAUGAAUAUCAACCACGGAGAUCCGGAGAGCAUCACUGAUGUCUGCUCCAAUGAGGACCUUCCUGAAGUAGAACUGGUGAACAUGCUGGAAGAACAGCUACCACAGUAUAAGCUGCGAGUGGACACUCUGUAUCCGUAUGACAACCAAGACUGGCUCCAGGCCCCCUCCCGCUAUAGCCAUGUCCCCCAAACCAUCUCUCCUGUCCUUGCUGAGGAGACCUUCCGUUACAUGAAUGUGAAUGGAGACAGCAACAUGGCACUAGAUAACAAGGACACUAAUCAAAAUGAAGAGUUACUUACAGCAUUUGCUAUGCAAGCUCUUGUUGAACUUCCCCCCUCCUCUUUGGCUGGAUCUCAGAAAUGUGCACAAGUUCUCGGCACAGACAGAGUGGAGCAGAUGACAAAAACCUACAAUGACGUUGACAUGGUCACACAUCUGUUAGCUGAGCGGGAUCGGGACCUGGAGCUAGCAGCUCGGAUUGGACAAGCCCUUCUUAAGCGGAACCAUGCCCUGACAGAACAGAAUGAAGUACUAGAAGAACAACUGGGACAAGCCUUUGACCAAGUUAACCAGCUGCAGCAUGAACUAUCGAAGAAAGAUGCAUUGCUUCGUAUUGUUUCAAUUGCUUCUGAGGAAAGUGAGACAGACUCCAGCUGCUCUACACCACUUCGGUUCAAUGACUCCUUCAACCUGUCGCAUGAUCUGUUGCAGCUGGACGUCUUGCAGGACAAACUCAGGGAACUGGAGGAGGAGAACCUGGAUCUCCGAUCAAAGGCUUGUCAUCUAAAGACAGAAACGAUUACAUAUGAAGCGAAAGAGAGGGAGUUGGUCAGUGACUGUGUCAAAGAGCUCCGGGAAACACAUGCUCAAAUUGCCAGAAUGACAGAAGAGUUAUCAGAAAAGAGUGAAGAGCUGAUUCGCUAUCAGGAAGAGAUCUCAACCCUCUUGUCUCAGAUUGUUGAUCUUCAGCAUAAACUCAAAGAGCAUGUGAUUGAAAAGGAGGAGCUGAAACUUCACCUACAAGCUUCCAAAGAUGCCCAGAGAGAGCUGACAGGAGAGCUGCAUGAGUUACAGGAUCGGAAUGCAGAAUGUCUAGGGUUGUUGCAUGAAUUACAAGAAGAAGUGAAGGAGCUGCGCAGCAGAGCCAGCCCUGCUGCACAUCUCUGCCGCCCCCAGUCAUGUGGGGCAUUUCCUUUGGAUUCCCUUGCAGCAGAGAUUGAGGGGACAAUGCGGAUGGAGCUGAUUCUAGAUGAAGAAUCUGCUCUCAGUAAACAAAAGGUUCAGCAGAAACGGGUGUUUGAUACUGUCAAGGUUGCUAACGUUACACGUGGUCGCUCUUCUUCAUUUCCUGCCCUGCUACCAAUCCCUGGAUCUAAUCGUUCAAGUGUUAUCAUGACCGCAAAGCCCUUUCAGUCUGGCCUACCACAGAUGGAGAGCAAGGCACAUCUGAACCAGAGGAGCAGCUCCAAGGAAAUCUCAAAGGACAACCAAAAGCUGGGCCAGCCUGGAACCCCUGGAGACAAUGAUUUAGCUACAGCUCUGCACACACUUUGCCUCCGUCAGCAGAACUACCUGAGUGAAAAACAGUUCUUUGAGGAGGAAUGGGAGCGUAAAAUGCAUUUGCUGGCUGACCAGAAAGAAGUGGCUGGUGGCUGUUGCACACCAACAAAGAGUUGUCUGUCUGUGGGUACAAAGUCAGAAUUCGCUGACUUCUCUGCGGGCUGUCCCUGCCUCCGUGCGCUCCUGCCAGAGAAAUUACAAAUUGUUAAACCUCUCGAAGGAUCUCAGACUCUGUUCCACUGGCAGCAGCUUGCUCAGCCCAACCUAGGUACCAUCCUCGACCCACGGCCAGGUGUUGUCACAAAAGGCUUUACACCGUUACCUCAGGAUGCCGUCUAUCACAUCUCUGACUUGGAGGAAGAUGAGGAAGAAGGGGAAGGAGGUAUAACAUUUCAAGUGCAACAAUCCUUUCUGGAGGAAGGGAAACAUGCAGUGCCAAAGCCAGAGGCAGGGAUCUUCCUGCCACCUGUUACUUCAGCAACAGUGCCACUCGCUGCCUCAAAUCCAGGAAAGUGUCUCUCCUCCACAAACUCCACAUUCACCUUCACUACCUGUAGGAUCCUUCACCCCUCUGAUGUCACUCAGGUUACCCCCAGCUCCAUGUAUACUCCAUUAUCAUUUGGAAGUAGUGGCAACAGUACUGGCAAUACAACGGUGAGCUCUCCAGCCAUGUCCUGUAGGUUUAGUAUUGGAGAAUUCCUCACCGACAGAAGAGACUCUUCCACUACCUUGAGCACCACCACCAGUCUGGCUAAACUCUUGCAUGAACAAGGCAUCUCUGCCAAAGUUUGUGAUAGCCCCAUGCCAGAAAAGCUGCCUGUACUACAGACCCUACGAACCCUUCCCAUUCCCUCCACUCCCCCAAAUUCUCCCUCACACUCACCUUGUUCUUCCCCUCCACCUUUUGAGACUCGAGCGCAUCUCUCUGAAAACUUUCUGGCAUCACGACCAGCUGAAACAUUCUUGCAGGAGAGGUGUGGCCUGAAACCAUCCCAUAACCCUCCUAGCCUAGACCAAUUGAAGAUGAACCUGGUGGACAGGCUGAAGAGGUUAGGUAUUGCCAGAGCAGUCAAACCCCCUGAGACAGGGGACCAUGGAAAAAAUCAAGGGCCAGAAAUUGGCCUGCAGCGGCAGGAUUCAGCUGUGUUUUUAAGUGCAGGUAGAAACCUGAUGGGUGGACUGAGAAGAAAUCAGAGUCUUCCAGGCAUGAUUGGGGCACUUGGAGCUCCAUUUUGUACAUCCUCAUCAAAAAUGGGUAUCUUAAAGGAAGACUAAGUGGUUUCCAAGUAACAGACUUCUAGCAGAACAAAUAAUACAUUACGGCUGAACAUCUGAUACAGGUGUGGAAUGGAGAGUUGCAGAAGGAAUGUGCAUGUUAAAGUGGAAAAAGAAAGGGAGAUGGGGUGAGAGAAAGAGUUUGCAGGGAGUUGAGGAAGGAAGAAGGAGGAGUUGGGAAGAGAUCACAGGAAAGAAGAAACCAAAGCUAAAUCUUGAGACCCUUUAGACAUCUGACUUCCUGGCUUGAAUAAAAGACCAUAACAAAUGCUUAUCAGUUAUCUUCUGCUUUCAAAUGUAUGUGUCUAGGACAAUAAAUGUCUUGUAGAACGGUCUGUCUCCCCAUUUCCACCAUGAUCAUAUUAUUUUGCCAAAUGUUAGCGGUCACAUUGUACAACUGAAGGUACUAGUAAAAGGAACAAGGAAUCUGUUCUUUACUGCACCCGAAUAAUCGGUCCAAAUCCAUCUCUGUAGUGAAGAACAAGCACAGGAAAACUUGGAUUCCUUUUUUUUUUUUGCAUUUCCAAUUUAGAAAUUAAACUGAACCUCUUCUUUUACAAAAUAUUUUGUAUGUUAAGUUUUAUACUUCUCAUUGCAUGUACAAAUAGGAGUUGGGGGAGGAUUUUUAUUUUGGAUGAGUGCAAUGGUGCUAGUGGAGUAUUAACAGAAUGACAUUUCUCUCUGAACUUUCUGAAGGCUGUUGAAAGCACACUGAGGAAAGUGCAAUCAGUAGGAGUUAAGCAGAAGAUUAUUUUAUAUUCUAGGAAAAAUUGUUUAUUUUGAGCUAAGAAACCUUUCCAAAGCAUGCUAUGCAUCUAUUUUUAAUAAAAGGAGGUUUGCUUGCACACGCACAAAAUCUCAGGCACAUUUUAAUGUUAUAAAAGGGAGUAAAACAUAAAUGCUUGAUUCUAGGUUUGUUUUUAUUUGAUCUAAACGGGGAGCAUAUUCUUAACAGAAGACAACAGAAUGUUAGAAGUUUUGUGACUGACUCUGCUCUUGGCUGCUAGAUAGUCUCUACAUUUGAGGGAGCUUUUUAACAGAAUAUAAAAGUAAUGGCUUUGGUAUUUAAGAUACUUUCUGAUUCUAGGCAGGAUUCUGUUACACAGAUUUCACUGAGGAAACAGUCCUUGAAAGUUGUCCUGGAACUGUGGUCAGUACAUAACCUAACAUUCAAGACUCUGGCACUGAAGCACAAUUAAGACAGCAGUGAGUGUUUUUUGUGGCCACUGUAUCAAAUAGAAAUGAGUUUUGUCAUUGUCAGAAGAUAAUCUGCCUCUCCUUUGUUGAAGGAGAGCAGGUCAAAGCCUUACUGUUCUGAGUGAAAGUAAUAAAGAUCUUAAGAGGCAGAGUCACUGCAUUGGAAAACUCAAUGGACCGAAGUCAAGUCACUUGAAAAAAAAAUAUUGGUGUCUUUGGGUGCUAAAUAGCAGGAUGCUUUGAGCCUAUCACCAGUGGAUUCAGAAGCAUUUUAGCUAUAAGCAUAAAAAGUUGUUCCUUUGAAUAAUCUAUAUCAUGGUUUAUAAAGUAGCUACAAGGAAAAAAAAUCUGUCCAAACUGAUCAGUGCUAGAUCUCUGCAGGUGAUUCUAUUGCGAACAAGUCCUUAAUCUCUGUGAAAUAGAAUAGUUUAUUUGUAACCUAAUUUUAGUUACAAGGAACUUUCAUUAUUAUGAUUUUAAGUCUCCAUUUCUUUACAAGUGAAUUAACAAUUAUACUUUACCCUAGCUGUUAAAUAUAGUUGUGGUAGACCUACUGAGACCAGGCCAGCAUGAGUAGUGUAAGGGAUCAAAUCAUGAUGGAAAAUCAACCCAGAGUUCAAAACGAUAUAUGUUUUAGCUGAAUGGUCUUUACCUGCGCUGGAACAAUUUCUAUAGACAUUUUAAUACUCUGUGGGCCCAUUCAUUCUGACCAGUCACACAGUGAUAGGGUCAGAUUUGGCCACAACCAUGUUUUAACAGCCACCCUUAACUAGGAUGUCCAAACUCGGUUGUAAGACCUGUGUAGUUGGGGCUCUAGGUGACAUCCUCGUCGGGUCCCCUGGAGUGAAGCAGUCAUAUGACUGGUUAUAACUGGCAAGAGUUACAACCAGUCUCGUUUGGGUUCUAGACGCUGCAGCACUGCAGGCAUUGUAAAAACUUUAAAUGGAACAGAUUCAAAAUCCAUUUAUAAAGCGAUCAUAUUUUCUCUGUCAUUUAUAACAUGACACUUUCUACUAUUACACUCCUUUAGGUGUCUUAAUGAUGCUUUUUGAUAGUAAAGCUUGUUUCUAAAAAAGAAAAGUAGUAACCACUCCAAGUGCUAACUGCUUCACAGGGUUUCACAAAGCUCCAUUGGUUGGCCUUUGGGAGUUUGCUUAGAUAGCUCACAUAGUUGUAAAAGAUUAAUCUGUUAAUUUAAAAUAAUGCAUAUGGGUUAAUUCUGUUUUAACAACAAAAAAUGUUCCUAAUUUUUAUUUUAAAGCAUUUGGGUUGUACUUUCCUAACCAUGCACAGGGUCUUACCUCAAUUGACAAAGUGAGUAUUUGUUCUCCAGUGAAGUGAGCAUUUGGUAUAUCAUCUGCGUAUUUUGCAGUUCCCAGGGAAAUAUCAGGUGACAAAGCAAUAGAAAAUUAGACAGUCUGGUGUAUACAGAGAACAGCAUUUGUGUCAAAUUAAUGUUCAAUUUAGGUACAUUUAUUAUAGAAAUACUUGUAAACUACAGCUAGACUUUUACAUGUAUUAAAUAAUUUAGAAUUUAUAUAUAUGUACAUGUAUAUUAACUAGCUUUGUUAUGAUUGCUAUAGCUGUGUAUUAACAGCAGAAGAAUCAAAACAACUGAGUCAGACUUCUUUUCAGACCAGAUUGCUGUUUAAGUUCAUUUAAAAGCACAAUAAUUAAAUGCAUGUAAAUAUGGAAUGAAGCCUUUUUAAAACGUGUUUUGAUUUGAAUGAUACCAAGUUGUCCCAGCCUAAUGUGUAAUAAAGUUUCCGUAGAGCAGUGUCUCACCAACUACCUGUCCAAAGCAGAAAGGUGAUAAAAGCAGAACUUGUGCACUAUUGUGGCUGUAUAUUUAUCCAUUCAGUUGAAGCUGAAGAUUUUUUUUAUCUUGCAUUUAUAUCGCUGGAUACACCAGGUGUAUUUUGUAUACUUGUGCCUAAAUUCCACGGUCAAGGAAAAUUAGACCUGAAGGAUGUAGCAGUGGUUUGUGCCAAACCUAGAAGACAACGUUUUGUCAUAGGCCUUUAUGAUGAUGUUGGUAGCAUAUUUAGUUCCUGUGGAGUUGGAAGAAUUGAUUAGCAUUUUCUGCCUCCCAGUAGAGAUAAGCAUUUACAUGAAUGAUCUAUUUAAGAUUCUACAAAGGAUAUCUUGAUAUAAUUCAAGGUUGCUUAGACAGCUAGGUGGAGCUAGUGGCAACAGUAACAAAUAACUGCAGUUGAAACAGGUCCUGUGUCCACAGACCUGCAGCAUGGAACAAACACCAGAGAAGACAGAAAGGAAUUUAGCCGUCCCUUUUAGGAAAGACCCAGAAACAGAGAGAGCUUCCUGCGAUGUCAGUCUGCCAACCUCAGUGUCUGUCUUAUUCAGGUUUUGAGCAUAUUUUUGGCAAGUAAGCAAAGUACACAUUUCAUUUUCUGCCAUUAGAACCACAGGGCUGUAGUUUCACUAUCUGAACUUCUUUGAUGUGAAACGUAUACAAACCUGUGCACUAAAGCAUACAUGGGCAGUGAGAUGGAAUAUAUUUUAACUUACGCAGAAGAAAAUCUACUUAAUCAGAGCAAACAGCAUAGAAAAGAGCAAAGAUUUGGGUUUGAGACCCAUUUAGCCACUGCAUAGGAUAGUUGCACAACAUUUUUUGAGAAACUGGGAACCUUUUUUGUUCAUCUGCUUUUGGCACUUAAUUUUUCAUAGCAGAAUGUAAAUUUGAUAAUAAACAUGUACAAACAUGCCUUUUACAUUA